GUUACGUCGGAAGAGCCUAGCAACUUCUACGGUCUUCCCAAAGCGGCCGGAGCUAAUAGGAAAUGGCCGUUUAAAAGGUAUUCUCGUAUAUUUGGUGACACCGGACGGCACAGGAUCUGAGAGGGGAGCCCGCAGUGUGACGGCUGGUGGCGGUAACGGCGUGGGCGGCUGCAGGAACUCCACAUUAAACACCAGAAGAAGAAGAAGCAACAGGAGGUUGACGCUGGAGGAACAUGGCGGACGGCAGCAGGUUGCCAACUGCCAAGUAAACGUCAGGCAAAGCGAAACCAAAGACGAGGGGCGGCUGCUGAGGGGACCCGUUUUAGCAUUACAUGGAUAGCCGGGGCUCACCAGGACUGUAAGCCCUCCGCUGAAGCCGUAUGGCGUCCACUCAAGCCCGGAUAGGCCAGCAGGCCUUAGCGGUGCUGGAUGUGGCUCUGCGAGUUCCCUGUAUCUUUAUUAUCGACGCCAUUUUUAACUCCUACUACGACCCUGGUUCGGGAUGGGCCGGGGCGAUGGGCAAAGUGCUGGUCAGAGUCAUGGGUGUCCUCAUCUCCAGUGUGGUGCUGCUGCUCUCCCAGAAAGCCUUGUUCAAGUUCUACACCCUCUUCUUUGCUGUUCUCCUCGGCAUGGCAGCAGUCCUCAUAAACUACUACGCCACCUCCCACAUAGACUUCUACAGCGCCUACUACAAAGCAGCGUUGGGCUUCAGGCUGCUGCCUCGAAACGGGCCGACGUUGUGGCUGGGCAUGGCGGCGGUCCAGCUCGUCUUCGGCGUCGGCUACGUGUUCCUGCUAAACCUCCAGUCGGUGUUUGCCGCACUGGUCGUCCUGGACAUCAUGAUCCCUCUGUGGGGGCUGAUGAUCGAGCUUCCUGCGGACGUCAGGCAGCUGGUGGCGGUGUUCUCGGGCCUGGCGCUGGCCCUCAACACGGCCGUUUGCCUGGCCAUGAGACUCAAAUGGUUCUACUACUCAUGCCGGUAUGUCUACCUGCUUGUACGGCACAUGUACAGGAUCUAUGGACUUCAGCUGCUGCUAGAGGACACGUGGAAGAGGAUCAGGUUCCCCGAUGUGCUGCGAGUGUUCUGGCUGACCCGGGUCACUGCCCAGGCGCUGAUACUGGUCUACGUAGUCCGGGCGGUGAGAAGGGAGAGCGGAGAUGCUACAGGAGGCGCCACAGACGGAAGCUCGGAUGCACAAGGUUACCUGCUGAGCUGGGACGUGUUCUGGGAUCUGACCAGUAACCUGAUCAUCUCUGGCUGUGAUUCCACCCUCACCGUGCUGGGGAUGAGCGCCGUCAUCUCCUCUGUUGCACACUACCUCGGCCUCAGCAUCCUGGCUUUCAUAGGUUCGACGGAGGAGGAGGACAAGCGUUUAGGCUUCGUGGCUCCUGUUCUGUUCUUCAUCCUGGCUCUGCAGACCGGCCUCAGCAGCCUGGACCCUGAGGAACGCUUGGUCCGUCUGAGCCGGAACAUGUGCCUUCUGCUGACCGCCAUCCUGCACUUCAUUCACGGCAUGACCGACCCUGUCCUGAUGUCCCUCAGCGCUUCCCAUGUCUCCUCUUUUCGCCGCCAUUUCCCGGUCCUGCUGGUGUCGCUUGCGCUCUUCGUGCUCCCCGUGGCGCUCAGCUACGCCCUCUGGCACCACUACGCCCUCAACACGUGGCUCUUCGCCGUCACCGCCUUCUGUGUCGAGCUCUGCCUCAAGGUGGUUGUGUCUCUGACGGUCUACGGUCUCUUCAUGGCUGAUGGAUUCUCCAACGUCCUGUGGGAGAAGCUGGACGACUACGUCUACUACGUGCGCUCCACAGGCAACAUCAUCGAGUUUCUUUUCGGCGUCAUCAUGUUCGGAAACGGCGCCUACACCAUGAUGUUUGAGUCGGGCAGCAAGAUCCGUGCCUGCAUGAUGUGCCUGCACGCCUAUUUCAACAUCUACCUGCAGGCCAAGAACGGCUGGAAGACCUUCAUCAACCGCCGCACGGCCGUCAAGAAGAUCAACUCGCUGCCUGAGGUGCGCGGUGACCAACUAAGGGACAUCGAGGAUGUGUGCGCCAUCUGUUACCAGGAGUUCGCCACCUCGGCCCGCAUCACGCCCUGCCACCACUAUUUCCACGCGCUGUGCCUGAGGAAGUGGCUCUACAUCCAGGACACAUGCCCCAUGUGCCACCAGAGAGUUUACGUCGAGGAGGAGAGCCGAGACAGAGCCGCCUUUUCCAACAACAACGGGGGCUACGCAGCGCCGCAGGACGCCGCUGCCGCUGGCCCACCGGCACCGGGGGACGACCAGAAUGGACAACCAGCCGCAGAGCUGCUGGCCGAUGGAGCGGCGGCUGGAGCUCAGGCUGCAGGAGGAGUGGCAGAGCUCGAUAACGACCUGCUGGAGGACAAUGACAGCAUAGAGUACGAUGAAGACGAGUGGGGGACUCAGAAUGGCAACACGCCAAUAGAAGAAGACUAUAUCAAUGACGACACAGACUCUACUGAGGACUGACAAGAGAAGAUCUAUAGAGAAAAAUAUACAUAUAUCUUUAUUAUAUUUAAGUUAAAAAGAUUUAUGAAAAACACAAUUUCAGCAUCUUAAUUUGUUCUUGAAAAAUGUCAGGGAUGUCAUUCUCUUAUUUACUUGUUAGUUUCUUCUUGUUUGAUUUUGAGUUUUACUCUAUAAGGGCUCGUGGAAAGAGUAACUGCUGCUCUCAUUCUGUGUGUGUGCCGAGUGUGUGUGUGCUGGGGCUGCGUAUUGUAGACCAAAAACUCAUAUUGCUCUUUUUUUUUUCCCCACAAACUAUUGGAGAUCCUGAUAUAAAUCUUGCUACGUGGCCACGGCUGUCUCCAUAGCAUUAAUUUCCCGAUGCCUCAAACUCGUUACACAUCAUUAAGUUCAAGUAAAAUAUCCAAAUUUUCUGCAGCAGAAUCUUGGAGAUUCUGUCUGGUAGAAACUUUUUCUCCUUCUGAGUAGAACAACAUAAAAGGAAGCCACACUUUCUUUUCCUCUUUCUUUAGAUUUUGUCACUUAUGCAGCCCUAAUGUGUAUUUGUGUGCGUAUAAGGAUAGUGUGUGUGUGCCUGCCGACAUGAAAUGUUCUCAGACGAUGUCUUAAAGAUGCGGUUCAUGUUCCUUCGCAUGGCGUUUGUAGGGAAAGAAGCUGGAGUGUUUAAUAAUGGCACAACUGUGGAGCGAUAAAAUCAACUGAUUCAUCUGUCAGUCUGCAAGAUUUGUGAGUUUGGAGUACAGAAAUUGUUGGAAGCUAACUUUUGAAACCUGUCACUACUUGCUCCAGCUGUUUUUUUCCCCCCCCAAUUUUGCCAAAAAUGAUUGGUCUUUAUCAAGAUAACUUUCUUUGUCAUGUCGGUGACGUUUAUUGUAUUGGACGGUUGGUUUCUUUGCUUCACAAUGAUUUUUUUUUUGUGCAUUCAAAACAUCAAUUACACUCGUAAACCAG